ACUGCUCGCAGCUAUCUCAAUUGGUUCUGAGACAUUCCAGAAAUGGUGGUUUUGAAGAAACGAGCGCUUCUGCUUGCUGCAGUCGCCUUGUCGUUCUCAGUCAAGUCUCUCGACCCUGAAUAUCUACUACAUGGUUCGGUAUGGCAAACCACAACUGCCAUCUUUUUCAGUAUGCUCGCAGUUCGAUUCUCUUGGUCUUGUCUUCUUUACCCUCUAUGCUUAAGUCCUUUACGCCACUUGCCGCAUCCCAAACAGACCUCACUUCUGCUUGGCCAGUUCUCCAGGAUUAUCAAGGAACCUACCGGCUACCCCCACCGAGAAUGGAUGGAGGAAAUUGAGAACGAUGGUUUGAUCUACUAUCGGGGUCUUUUCAACAUGGAGAGAGUUAUGGUCACAACACCCAAGGCGCUUAGCGAAGCCGUAACGCUGAAAAGUUAUGAUUUGAUCAAACCACCAACCUUGACAAAGGGCCUGGCUCGUAUUCUUGGAUAUGGCAUUCUUUUGACCGAAGGGCAAGAACACAAAAAUCAACGAAAGAAUUUGACCCCAGCGUUCAGUUAUCGUCAUGUCAAGGAUCUGUACCCGGUCUUCUGGGAGCAAUCUCGAGACAUGAUUUUGGGCAUUGAUAAGGACAUUGAGAGUAAGCCAACCACAAAGGAUGAGAACGAAAAGCAAGAGAACAGUAGCGAAGUUAAUGUUGAUGGAUGGACUUCUCGUGCCACCCUCGACAUCAUCGGAGUAGCCACUAUUGGAAAGUCUUUCGGUGCCAUUGAAGACGACCAGAGCGAGCUUUACCGAACUUACCAGACACUCUUCAAGCAAGAUUGGCAGACACGCAUGAUUGGACUUCUCAACUUUUUCUUGCCUUUCUGGUUCCUCAGAGCAUUGCCGAUCCCGCGCAAUGUCAAGGUAGAGAAGGCACGAGUGUAUCUUAGCAAGAUCUGUUUCGAGAUGCUUGCAGAGAAGAGGUCGAAGAUUGCUGCUGCGAAGGAGAAGGACAAGUCAGAUGAGACAGCCGGGGGUAUUGACAUCCUAAGUGUUGCUAUGCAGAGCGGAGGCUUCACAGAUGGGCAAAUUGUCGAUCAGUUGCUCACCUUCUUGGCUGCCGGACACGAAACUACCGCCACAGCCAUGACUUGGGCUGUCUACGUCCUUGGCAAACAUUCAGACGUGCAACAAAAGCUGCGCGAUGAAUUGCGUGCUUCACCCCUCCCAGACAUCCGUGACACAGGAGCAAAAGUCACCGCUGAACAGAUUGAGCAACUGUCUUACCUUCACGCUGUUGUCAAUGAGGUACUCCGUUUCUACUGUCCGAUACCAAUGACCAUCCGUAUUGCUGAGAAAGAUGUCGUCCUUGCUGGUCAUCUGAUUCCUGAAGGCACCACUGUUCUCACACCUCUUAUUGCCGCCAAUCAUAACUCGGCUAUGUGGAGCGAAGAUCCUAAGGUGUUCAAUCCGGAGCGAUGGAUGGGUCCUGGAAGAGCAAAUACUGGAGGUGCGGAGAGCAAUUAUUCGAACAUGACCUUCUCACAUGGACCGAGAGGAUGUAUCGGAGCCAGUUUCGCGAAAGCUGAAUUCGCCUGCUUGCUCGCUGCUUGGGUCCUUGGAUUCGAGACCACAUUGGUCGACCCGGACAUGGAGACUGAUGUGACAGGGGGUAUCAUCAGGAGGAUCAAAGGGGGUCUUCGUGUCAAGGUCGUCCAAACAAAAUCAUGAGAGAGGCGGAAGACCGGAUCAUAUGGAAAUAAUUCUCCAUAUUGAAACGGCUUCGAGGCUCUUGAGCAGAGAUCGGUUAUUGCGCUGGUUGGGACGAAGCUCCUCUUAGAUAAUGCGCUUCCGCUUGAGCUCUCGGCUCCAGGUUGAGAAAGGGGAUGGCGUGAUCCGAGCAGUCGGUAAGUUGAUAUAUUAGUGACGGGAUAUUCUCGGCAUACUGAUCGACAUAACGCAACAUCCACGCAACUACCUAUACACAAUCAAUGCUCGACUGUGGCGCAAUUUUAGUCCCAAAGGACCUUCGCUUAUAGUUAGAAUAGAUCCUUCACCUUCAUACGAACACUCAACCCGGCUUUGAUCGAAGCGAAGC